UUUGCGACGCGAGGAGUGAAUAUAUGGCACACGACAUCACACCGACGGCUCACUCCACGGCACUUUCAUCAAGCUCACAUAUUCCAAACCACAGAGAAGAAAUGCGUCGCCGCUCGUUUACAGGGAGGAGUUGGAUGUCCAGGGCGUGGACGAUGGAGGAAGAAGAGAACGACGACUCGGAAUUUUUGUUCGACGAUGAUGCCGAGCAGGCAACAAUGCUGGCACAACUUCAGGCGGGCGAAGAAGGUAGCAGCCGGCGCGGUCCGAGGCCCCCAAAGGUAAUCCGACCCCGUGAUCAUGAAGCUGGUGAUGAGCGGAUUCGUAAGCACUACUUCGACGCGAAGCCUGUGUACAACGAUUUCCAGUUUCGGCGUAGGUUUCGCAUGCGACGACAUGUUGUUCUCAGGAUUCUUGACAGCGUUGCGAGCUACGACAACUACUUCACGAAAAGAUACGACGCGUUUGGGAACGAACCAUUGUCCGGUUUGCAGAAGGUCGUCGCGUGUCUCCGCAUUCUCGCGUACGGGUUGCCUGCGGACGCCGUUGAUGAGUAUAUCGGUAUAGCCGAGUCCACGGCCCGCCAGGCGCUUGAGAAAUUCUGUGAUGCUAUCAUUCAUCAAUUUGGCCCCUACUACCUUAGAGCGCCGAAUGAAUCUGAUGUAGCUAGUCUACUUCGCACCGGAGAGGAGCGUGGGUUUCCAGGGAUGCUAGGUAGCAUUGACUGUCCUACUUCUUGGCGAGGACAGUUCACAGGUCGUGGUUCUCAUCCAACCAUGAUCCUAGAGGCAGUUGCGUCACACAACCUACACAUUUGGCAUGCUUACUUUGGGAUGUCCGGCAGUAACAACGACAUAAACGUGCUGCAUAGGUCGCCAAUUUUCUCGGCAUACCUUAGGGGUCAGCAAAUGCCUGUUAGCUACAUUGUCAAUGGGAACACGUACGACAUGGGGUAUUUCCUUGCCGAUGGCAUAUACCCCGAAUGGCCUGCGUUUGUCAAGACCGUCCGGCACCCAAUGGACCCAAAGACGAAGCACUUCGCUAAAUGCCAGGAAGGAGCUCGAAAGGACAUUGAGCGGGCAUUUGGCGUUCUCCAGGCUAGGUGGGCAGUGGUGCGUGGUCCGGCAUAUGGCUAG